UUUACGAGUCCAGAAAAAUCGGUGCGAGCCCUAACCACUGAUCCAAACCCACCUUGUUUAUGAACUGUGGAGAAGAACAAAACUGUCACUAGGCCCAGUCCUCCGUCGUCUAGUACCUUCUGUCUCUAGUAUUUGUAUCACUUCAUCCCACCAAAAACAAUCAGUAAUUUGAAAAGCAGCAGAUUCCAGAUUUGACAUGUCUGAAUCAAGAGAUUAGCACAAACGACGACUGGGAGUGGGAGGAGGAGGAGACGUAUCACUAUCUUCAGAAUAAUACUACCCAGAAGGCUAGCCGUCCCUUCUUGAUCAUUGUAAUUGAACAAAAAAGAUAAGCAGAGAUGGGGAUAUCCAUGUCAAUCUCGACGACAGUGGCGGCGUUGUUGGUGUUGCUGUUAAUGGGGAUUGCUCGUACAGAACGCGUGAAUAAGUCGUCGUCGGUAGGACUGUUUUGGUCCACUGCAAAAGAGGAAGGAGAUCUCUUGAGAUGGAAACCCGAAGCCAAUGAUGAUUUGAGUGACCCUACAGUCCAUGAGGAGGAACGGCAUUUGGAUGGCGGCUUCUCUUCCCUGGAUGGGAUGUUACAGUGGGCUAUUGGCCAUUCAGAUCCAGCAAAGUUAAAGGAAGCUACAUUAGACAUCCAGCACUUGUCUCCUGAGGACCUGAAGCAACGUCAGAUGGAAAUAAAGGAACUAAUGGAAAAAUUAAAUACACCAUCAGAUGCAAAAUUGAUGAAAAUUGCAAUAGAUGAUUUGAAUAACUUGUCUGUACCUUUGGAGGAUCGCCGUCGUGCACUUGAGGAGCUAUUGAUACUUGUUGAGCCAAUAGACAAUGCGAAUGAUCUGCACAAACUUGGGGGCCUCACUGCUGUCAUAAGGGAACUCGACAAUGUAGACCCAGAGAUAAGAACUAUUUCUGCAUGGAUACUUGGCAAAGCCAGCCAAAAUAAUCCUUUUGUUCAGAACCAGAUUUUGGAGCUUGGGACACUGGCCAAGUUAAUGGAUAUGGCACGUUCCAAUUACGUUGAAGAAGCCACAAAAGCGUUAUAUGCUAUUUCAGCCUUGAUUAGAAAUAAUCUGGAGGGCCAAGAGUUAUUCUAUAUGGAAGCUGGAGACAUGAUGCUUCAGAACAUUCUAAGUAACUCAAGCAGUGAUAUCAGAUUACGCCGGAAGUCUGUGUUUCUUUUGGCUGAUCUGGUUGAGUGCCAAUUGGACAGCAGAAAAAGCAAAGAACCGCCUUUCUUCAGCAAUCAUUUGUUGUUAAAAUCCGUGGUUGAUCUAAUGGCAUCAGCAGACCUUGAUCUCCAGGAGAAGGCUCUAUAUGCAGUUAAGAAACUGUUGUUGCUGAGAUCUACUGAUGCUCUUGUCUUCAAGGAAGUCUGUGGACUGGAUUUAGCACUGCAGAGGAUGAGGGAACAGUUGCAGCAAUUGAUUGUUGACGAUAAAUUCAAAGAAUAUGCUCAGGAUAUGGAAAAUCUUCGAGGAGAAGUUGAGGCUAUUUUCCUUGGAGAGCUGGAUAAGGUUACAACAGUUUCAACAUGAUUAAUAUCACUUUUGUGGCUGCCUGGACAGUAUUUUUCGGCCGUGCUGUCACGUUCUUGCUGUUCUUGGGAGAAAUAUGUAGUUAGGGAUGAAAAUCAGUUGACACUUUCUCAAUGCUAUGAAGAACGCGUAUCUUGUCUAAAAAUGUCAGUGUUAUACAGUAGCAAACAAACAAGAACUACAGGUUAAACUUGGGUGUAGAAUUUUGUACAAAAUGGUUUACCUUCACUUAUCCCAAGUGCUUCAUAACUUAACACCUCUGAUUCCCUCGGCAUGAGACACACUGGACCCCAAACAAAAUAGUUGAGUGAUAUCCAUAAUUUGUACUAUUUCCAAGCUUUGUACAUAAUUGUUUUCUAGAUGUUGGUAAUGCACUGCCUUAUAUGACGAGGCCUGACUGAUGCUGCAGUGUUUGAGUUCAAACUACCACUGCAGUACAUUUGGCUAAUAAAUAUUUGGCCAUCCUCUCCAAUCAGGACCCUGUGGCUGUAAUAAAUGUUGUCUAGCAGCACUGUUUAAGCGGAUUGGAUUUUCUAAUACAAAUUAUGUUGCAUUUUA